GGAUGGGUUGAUAGGCAUCCAUCUCUUCAUUUCAGAUUAUAUUUCUAGAUAUACUGGACUAUUCAAAGAUAAGUAAGGGUUCUUACUUAAAAAUUUUAGUAUUUUAAUUAUAAAGUUUUGUACUUAUUAUCAGAACGGUUCAUAUUAUGAACCACACUGUAAAGAUUAUCUAUGCAAAAAUAAAUUAAAACUAAGGACGUUUUGUCAAUCUAUUUCAGCAAAUACACAGACUGUUCCUAAUGCUUUUACCAAUACUGUUCAUUUGUUUUCAAACAAUUUGAUGACUAAAUAAUAUUAUUUUUAAUUGAUUUUUUAUAGAAGAGAUCUUUAUAGGAUGAUUUAUAAUUUGAACAUUCUGAUUACGAAAUUCUAUAAAUUGACAACGAAUAAUUUUGAGAAAUUUUGAGUAGAAAUUCGUACUCAUCUUUAAGUAGUUAAGUAUUGUGUAUAUUUCUAAUUCAAUGGACCUGCAUCCGCGGCACCUAUUUUAUACUCUGUCAUGUAUAUACUGAUAAAAGAGAAGAUACAAGAGAUCCUGUUAACUUCGAAAAUGGGAAACAUAGGGCAAAAACACAGUUCUACAACAACUCUUUGAUUUGUGAGAGAGUCUCAACUCGCUGACUUGGAGCUGCUGAAGAUUAUACGGGCUGCGAUUACUUCUUCUUUUGCAGGUUGGUGUGGAGGAUGCUCUCACUGUGUUCGACGAAAUGCUUCAAAGGCGUCCUCUGCCUUCCGUUGUCCCUUUCAACCAAAUCUUGACUCAAAUGCUGAAAAAAUUGAAUGUGCAUGGGAUCUCUUUCUUAGUUUAUCAUCAAAAAGAAUUCAGCCUAAUGUCAGGACAUAUACUAUAAUGAUCAGUGGAUUUUGUAAAGGGGGACUUACAUGUGAAGCAGAAAACUUGCUUACAGAAAUGGAAGAGAGGGAUUGUUCUCCAAAUGAUUGCACAUAUAACACAAUUAUCCGAGGGUUUAUCAAUAACAACGAGACAUCAAGGGCUAUGAGACUUAUUCAAGAAAUGGUGGAGAGGGGUUUUCCUGCGGAUGCAUCAACGGCGGAGUUGGUCGUUAAUUCACCCGCAAUGUUGGCAUUGAUAGAAACAUCAUGAUGAAUUUGAUUUGCAUCUUUGUAUUGCCCAGUGACGUAUGAUAUUUGUUAUUAAUUUAAUAUACCAAGUGAUUGAGCAACUAUGUUACUCUUCUUUUAAGAUUAUGAAAUCUGUUGGAGAAGCAGAGUAUUGACUGAUAUGAAAUUUGUAGGGUCCUUUCAUAAGCUGAUGAAUUUGUAGUUGAUAAGUCCUCUUCUAUAAGUAAUGUCCUUCCAUUCGCUUGAGUUGAAACAACACAUUUAUUUAGGAGAAAUGGAAUUAAAAUUGACUUGUUCAAUCUCAUUAUUUCAGUUUCGAAAAUAUUACGUUCCUUACAAUAAUACUUAGUGAAAUCCAUAUAAAAUACAUUGAAUAGUUUUUCUUGUUAAUCUAAUCUAUUCAUUUUGUCAUAUCCAAAUCAUUUCUUAAUUAUCUCAUCCAAACGGAAUCCAAAUUGUGACUAUGGAGAUGCCGGAUUGCAGGUAUCAAACUCAAUCAUCUGCCGACUGAAAGAGGUGGAAUAAUCUCCAUAAUCUCCAAACAGCGCAAGUCAAUCAUCUGCAGAAUCGUCCAACAUCGAACAACAUUAAAUAAGCUUCGAACAGUCCUCUCUGGCAAGUUCACCAUUGAAACAAAUGCCUUGAGUUGUUGAUGUGCAGGUUCGCGAGUCCUGUUGGUAAUGUAUGCAAGAAGAAGGCAAAUGCAAGUAAAGUCUGGCUCCGUCAGUCUUCCAUUUCUGAAUCCAUAACAGGGAGGAUGCUCAGGGCUGAAGAACUAAGAUGCAUGCCCCGGGCAAUCCCCACAUAUUCAACCGUGAUCCCGUGGCACAGAAGCAAUAUGAAAUCCCACAGUGGCAUCCUUCACUGAAACAAAGAUCAGUAAAACACUACAAUUGUGCCUUCUCCCAACUGAUGAUGUUUAAUUAAGCAAGCAUAUGCUAGUAAGUACCAACCUGAAGAGAAAUUUGGAUUUCUUAUCCCAAUACAAGGGAAAAACUGGCGGAUGCUCGCAAUGUGUUCUAAAUCGACCGAAUCUAGAAGCACCCAACAACACCAGCUUGUGAAAAUCACUAAUGUGGAGGAUGCUCCCAAUGGGUUCGACGAAAUGCUUCAAAGGCGUCCUCUGCCUUCCGUUGUCCUUUUCACUCAAAUGUUGGGUCAACUUGCCAAGUUGAAGCAUUACUCGACAGUCAUCUCCUUGAAUAACCAAAUGGUUGUGUCGGGAAUUUGUCCUAAUGUUUAUACUCUAAACAUUAUCAUUAAUUGCUUUUGCCAUAUGCACCAAAUGGGGUUUAGCUUGUCUAUCUUGGGAAAAUUCUUCAAAUUGGGUUUUGAUCCAUUUGUCACGACCUUCAACACUCUAAUCAGUGGAUUUAUUUGUGAGGGUAGAGAGGCUGAGGCAGCAGCACUUUUCAACAAAAUGAUGGAGGGAGGUAAUUGCAGGCCGAAUGUGGUUACUUUCAACACACUUGUAAAGGGCCAUUGCUUGAAAGGUAACAGCAUUGAAGCUAUCCAAUUGCUUAAUAAGAUGGAAGAAAAUGCUUGCAUGCCUAACGUAAUUGUCGACAACACGAUCAUCGACACUCUUUGCAAAGAUGCUCUAGUUGUUGUCAUGACCUAUACCUCUUUGAUUCAUGGAGUUUGCAAAUUAGGGAAGUGGAAAGAAGCUACAAGAUUGUUGAAUGAAAUGGUGGAGAAACAUAUCUUUCCAAAUGUGCACACCUUCAAUGUCUUGGUUGAUAAAUUCUGCAAAGAGGGGAUGGUCCAGGAAGCAAGGAGCUUGGUCGAAAUGACGACGCAAGGGGAUAUAGAACCCGAUACAAUUACGUACAAUACGCUUAUAGAUGGUUACUGUUUGCGAGGAGAAAUGGACGAGGCGAAAAAGGUUUUUGAAAUAAUGCUUAGCAAAGGCUGCAUGGUUAAUGCUCGUACUUAUAACAUAUUGAUAAAUGGCUAUUGUAAGCGUAAAAGGAUAGAAGAUGCUCGGAUGAUUUUUUUGGAAAUGUCUCAUAAGGGAGUUGUUCCAAAUACGGUUACUUAUAACACUCUUGUUGAUGGGUUUUGCAAGAUGGGGAGAACACAAGAUGCGCAAAACUUGUUCUCUCAAAUGCAAGCUUGUGGCCAACUUCCAGGCAUUCAAACGUAUAAUAUUUUACUGGAUGGCCUUUGUAAAAACCAACAAUUUCCCAAGGCAGUUGAAUUGUUGGAAGAGAUGGAGGGAAAGAAGUUGGAUUUUAACAUUGUAACUUAUAAUAUUCUUAUUGAAGGUUUGUGCAGAGCUGAAAAAGUUGAAUAUGCAUGGGAUCUCUUUCGUCGUUUAUCGUCAAAAGGAAUUCAACCUAAUGUCAGGACAUAUACUAUAGUGAUCAGUGGAUUUUGUAAUGGGGGACUAACAUGUGAAGCAGAAAACUUGCUUAGAGAAACGGAAGAGAGAGAUUGUUCUCCAAAUGAUUGCACGUACAACACAAUUAUCCGAGGGUUUAUCAAUAACUACGAGACAUCAAGGGCUAUGAGACUUAUUCAAGAAAUGAUGGUGAGGGGUUUUUCUGCAGAUGCAUCAACUAUGGAGUUGAUCGUUAAUUCACCCGCUAUGUUGGCAUUAAUAGAAAGAUCGUGAUGAAAUUGAUUUACAUCUUUGCAGUUUGGACAACCUUCGGUGCAUCCUUCCCUUGAAUGCUGCAUUGGAGGGAGUUGUUCCACUGCUGAGUCCAGUUCAUGUAGCCAUUUGAUUCACACAUCACAUAGUGACGAAUGAUAUGUGCUAUUUUAAUUUAAUCUAUCAAGUGAUUGGGCAACUUUUCCGUUACUCUUCUUUUAAGAUGAUGAAAUCUGUUGGAGAAGCAGAGUAUAUGGACUGAUAUGAAAUUCGUAGACAUAUUUAUGGCUUGGUUUAACUUCUCGUUUGUUUUUUAUGUGAUAAUUCUAUCAAGGAUAUAAGUCGGACAGAAGAAGAAAUGGAGGAAAUGAUAGCUAUAGGAGGAGGACUGAACCCAUUUCUUAAAAUUCUGCACUUCCUCUAACACCAGAUACAAUAUACACAUCUGAUCAAACGAGGCAUCCGAGUUCCAUCACGAAGGAACAGUCUGUAUCCGCUCAAACGAUGUCCAAUGUGAUUUAAUGAAGAAUAUACGAAUUCCAUCUUUGCCUAAACAUUUUUCUAUCUGCACUAUAAAAUAUUGAAAGAAGAGAAGGCCAUCUCUCAGUGUACAGAAGCCAACUUAACUUUGGUCAGUUGCUUUUGCUGACAUUUAUACUUGUUUGCAAUC